CGAUCGCCCAACCAUGACUUUCCAAACCGCAAAGGCUACGGCCAUGGAGAAGAAGAAGAACGCGGUCAACGCCUUCAAGAGCUGGGAUAACUUCAAGCAAUGGGUCCUUACACUGCACUGGAUCGCCAUUCGCAUGGAGAGACUGGACCGACAUGGUCGAACGAGGACCUCGACCCCACCCCACCCGAAAAACGAACGUGGAGGUNGGUACAAUUACGUCGUCUUCUACUUCGCCUUGUCGUUUGGCAACUGGACUCUUGGCUCGAGUUUGAUAGGUAUAGGUCUCAACUACUGGCAAGCCAUCCUCGCCAUCUUCAUCUCGCAGUUUAUCAGCUCUAUCGCCAUGCUGUUGAACUCGCGUGCCAGUAGUGUAUAUCACCUGGGUUAUCCAAUUAUUGCAAGAAGUGUCUUUGGCAUGUGGGGAUCCUACUACUUUGUAGGGGCUAGAGCAAUCCUGGCCGUCGUCUGGUUCGGUGUGCAAGCCUACUCGGGUGCCUCGCUGGUGGCCAAUAUGCUACGCGCAGUCUUUGGACACAACUACACCGAUAUUCCGAACCACAUCCCCAAGUCUCAAGGUAUUACCUCUGCAGGCAUGCUCGCCUUCUUCCUCUUCUGGUUGGCCCACUUCCCCCUAGCCAUGCUGCGUCCCUACCAGCUGCGCACCUUCUUCAACGUCAAGACCAUGCUCAUGAUCCCUGCUGUGUGGGGACUCUUCAUCUUCUGCAUGGCCAACACACACGGCGAGCUGGGUGCCAGCAAACUGUCCGAAGCUGCUGGAGUAAGCGCAUCCGGAAAGUGGGGAUGGUUCUUCAUGAACGCUGUCAAUGCUGGUCUCGGAAACACUGCCACUCUGAUCACCAACCAGCCCGAUAUUGCAAGAUGGUCAAAGACAAAGUCUGGCGCUAUGUGGUCUCAGUUCAUCACCAAUCCCAUCGCUGUCACUUUGUCCGCCAGUCUGGGUAUCUUGUCUACUGCUGCCAUCAAUAAUGCCUGGGGUCUCUCGCUGUGGAACCAGUGGGAUCUCCUCGAUGCAAUCAUGAACAGAUACUGGAGAAGCGAUGUUCGCUUUGCAGUCUUCCUCGUCGCUGGAUGCUGGGCGGUAUCUCUCUUGGGAACCAAUGUCGCUGCCAACAUGAUUCCCUUUGGAGCUGAUUCUAGCAUGUUGUUCCCACGCUACAUCACUAUCCCGCGUGGACAGUUCUUGGUCACCUGCCUGGGCUUUGCCAUUGGUAAGCCCCACAUCUCCUCUAUCCAUUUCAGAUCCAUUCCACUAACAACAAUCAAACAGNUCCCAUGGAAAAUCCUCGCUUCCGCCUCCGUCUUCACCACUUUCCUCGCUGGAUAUGGUCUCUUCAUGGCCUCAGUAGUCGCAAUCAUGAUCUGCGAAUACUUCUGCUUGACCCGUGGUAACAUCUUCAUCGCCCACUGCUACAACGGCGGCAAGGAAAACNCCCACUACUAUUACUUCUACGGCUGGAACCCUCAAGCAGUCAUCGCCUACCUCUGUGGCAUUGCUUUGCCUUUCCCUGGCUUCGUGGGCAGCUUAGGCGCUAACGUGUCCACUACAGCUCUGAACAUGGGCCACCUUGGCUGGAUGUUGAGUUUCACUACCAGUUUUGUCGUUUACUUUGCCAUCUGCAGUGUUUGGCCGACAAAGAAUCAGAAAAUUAUCAAGGAGAUGGGAUUGAGAUUUGAGGAGAUGGCUGAGAGGNAUAUGAUGGCUCUCGACGGUACAAUCAUCCCUGAAGGCGCCGAGGGCAUGUCUGAAGACCAGGUCGUCUGGGAUGACGCAGAGAAGAAGGCUGUCGCUUUUGACUCGCGCAGACUCAGUGAU